GAAACCUCAUUUCCAUAGAGUCCACAGGUGUCGCUUUUUAACUUCGAAUUUCACAAUUGUCAAACCGAAAGUAAACCUUCUGAUGUCACUUGUCAGGUUAGUCCAAAUAAUUAGACGUAAGCUACCCCGAUGUAAAUCGACCUCAUAUUUAUAGGAGUAUUGUCAGUUCUUUGAAGAUGAUGUCAAAUUAGUACCUUCCAUGGCAACUGGAAAUGUAUGGCCUAUACCGACCCCAUGCGCUGGAAAUGAAGAACCCAUGGAAGUUGAUAUGCAGGAUCACCAUGUACAGACACAAACAGGUCAGCAAGAUAAUCAAGAGAUGAACAUAUACAGCAGAGGUCAAGGUCAUCAGCCCAUGGGGCAUGUUCCACAGUGUCCACUGAUACCAGCUUCUGGGGGUCAUAGACAAACUCAAGGGGUCAAUAUUUAUAACAGAAACCAAGGUCACAAUCAAAUUGAUGGUAACUCUGUGCAACAGGGUAACAGGGAAGAACAGAGUCCAGAUACUGAUGGGAGAAACAUCCAUGUUCAACCCAGUAAUCAAGUCCCCAAUACAACAGGCUCUAAUAGACAUAGUCCUUCCACCUUAGCUGCUUAUACUGAAGCAGUGGAUGCAGUAAUACAGGCAGAAAAGGAAGAACAAGAACAGUUAGAUCUUGCAUUGGCCAUAUCAUUGCAAGAAGAAGAAAUCUCUAGAGGCCAUUCUUCCAGACAUGGAAGGGGCAAUCAACACAGAGGUCGAGGUCGUAGUCAUGGAAGCAGUGGGCAGCCAGGCGGUCAUAUGCAGAAUUCUUUUCUUGCACAAUUGUUAGGGAUUUCAAGUGAUGAUGAGUUACCUCGGAAUAUGCAAUCAAACCCAUCAUCUUCAGGCCUUUUGGAUAUGCGAGAAGAAAGGGCAGCAUUUCAAGAUGAACAUCGACAAGAUCGCGAUGAGAUGCAGGCUAUAGGUCAAGAUCUACAACGACAGGCCGCGAAUGUCAUGCUUCAGCACCAGAUUGAUACUAAUCGAUUCUUAAGACGUUCCGUACAAGAACGUGAACGACAGAUGCAAGCCAUACAGGGUCGCCGUCUGCAGAGAAUGUUUGGUCCUGGCAUGAUAAACAUGGCACAGAGCAACUAUGAAGGUUUGCUGGAUUUGCAAGAGCGGAUAGGAGCGGUAUCAACUGGGCUUUCUAAUGAGGAUUGCUCACGCCUCCCAACAAAGACCUAUAAAAAAGUAGGGGAUACAAACUGUGCGUGCUCUAUCUGUUUUGAGGACUAUCAGACUGGCGACAAGCAGACGACUCUUACAUGCCUUCAUGUGUACCACUCAUGUUGUAUAGAACCUUGGCUAAAGGAACGUGCUACAUGUCCUGUUUGUCGACAAGAGGUUAAAGUAUCGUGAAAAAUUAGAUUUCAACCAACGAGACUUUCUUUUAGAUUUAUGGUAUCACAUCGUCUAUGGACAGCUAUUUUUACACAUGCUUACAAUUCGCAUAUAAUUGUAAUGAUUCAGUUAUGAUAUAAUAAUGAGUUGCUUCUAAAAUCAUAUUUGUAUAUCUUGGUAUAUAAUUUAUGUAUAAAUAUUGGAUAUGUAUAUUUUUGUACAGUUUAUUUUGUCCCCUACCGGUUUCACCGGAGGGAGCCGGUAGGGGACCAUAUUGCUUGACAAUAGCCUUGUUUUACUUGCUAUGACUUUUUAAUAUUUAAAAUGUUCAUUCUACUGUUACCGAGCUUGCAUGAACUAUGUAUGCAUUAAUUCUUGUUUUUUUGUGCAAUAUAUUUUGUUUAUAAAAAACAAUUUGUCAUAUUUUUAA